AUGCUUAUUAAUCUAAACCUUAACUUGUAUAUUUCAAAUUAAACUUGUUCUUAAUAUUCCUUUAAAAAAAAUAGUAAAAUCAUUAUUGCUCCAUUUAAAGGCAAUCUAUAUUUAGAAAUGACAAAUAGUGGUUGUGAUGAAGAGAGUGGUGACUGUUAUUAACCAUUGAUUGCUGAUAUAGAAUGCACAAAUACUCUAUAAAAGAUUGAAAAUAUUAUUAUUUUGGUUAUUUAGUGCCUAUUUUUAAUAUAUCAAAUACGGGCUCUGUAUAAAAUUAGACUUAUUUUCAAAGAAUAAGGAUCUAAAUAUUAUAAACAAAUAUAUUACAUACAUUUUACAUGCUUAGCAAUAUCGUUGAAUUUAAUUGCGAUACAAAUAUCAAUAUUAACUGCAUUUUGUGAUUAGGACUUAUACGAUCCUGUUUCUUAUACCCUAUAUGAAUCUACAUUACAAAAAAUAAAUCUUUUAAAUAUGGGAUAUAUGAUUAUUACAUUCUUCUACUUUGUGUUGUACUUAUUGGUUACUCUGAGAUGGUUGACAGUAGUAGAACAGAUAUAAGAAUAUAAACUAUUCGUUAGAAUAAAUAAGAUUAUAUAGAUUGUUAUAGUGUUAAGCUAUAGUGUUAUCUUUUUUGUAUGUAUAGGGUUAAUAAUUUAUGAAAAUACACAUAUUUCUAUAUAAGAGAAUUUCUACUACUAGACAAUUAUGCAUUAUUCAAUAUUAGUAUGCUCAUUAAUAUAAAUAAUUGGCUUUUUUGUAAUUAGCUAUAAGUUCUACUAAAUUGUUAAAAAUAUAUAUGACAUUGAAUAUUAAUUCAAGCAAAAGAUAUUAUACUAUUUGAUUCCAUUAUGCCUAACUGGGCUAUUUAAAUGUGUAACAAACUUAUAUCUAAUUGUAGAUCCAAGGUACAAUCUCAAAUAAAACUCAGAAUUUUUAAACUAAGAUAGAGUUGAAGUAGGAAUUAUUUUUAAUCUAAAUAAAAUGUUUGGAUAUUUCUUAGCUUAAUUAUUGAUUCUUUAGCUAUUUUAUCCUAAAAGAGUUAAAAUGAAUAAUUUGUUGACCUUCCAAGACGAAUAAGAAGCACAAGAUGGGCAAGAGGUUUAAGAUACUUAAGAAAUAAAUAAAUCAUAAUCAUUUUAAAAAAGCUUAAUUUGUAAUAACUCAAAAAUUCAAGAAGUCUGA